AUGGCCGGGCCAGGGGCCUCGCUGUAUUUCUGGGGGUGGCUGUUAUUCGGCUGCUGCAUUCUCGCCGGAGCCCAGCUGGAUUCUGAUGGCACCAUCACUAUAGAGGAGCAGAUUGUCCUUGUGCUGAAAGCUAAAGUACAGUGUGAACGCAACAUCACAGCCCAGCUCCAGGAAGGAGAAGGAAACUGUUUUCCAGAAUGGGAUGGACUCAUCUGUUGGCCUAGAGGAACGGUGGGGAAAAUGUUGGCUGUCCCGUGUCCUCCUUAUAUUUAUGACUUCAAUCAUAAAGGAGUUGCUUUCCGACACUGUAACCCCAAUGGAACAUGGGAUUUUAUGCACAGUUUAAAUAAAACAUGGUCUAAUUAUUCAGACUGCCUUCGCUUUCUGCAACCAGAUAUCAACAUAGGAAAGCAAGAGUUCUUUGAACGCCUCUUUGUCAUGUACACUAUCGGAUACUCUGUCUCCUUUGCAUCCCUGGCCGUGGCUAUUCUCAUCAUUGGUUACUUCAGACGACUGCAUUGUACUAGGAACUAUAUCCACAUGCAUUUAUUUGUGUCUUUCAUGCUGAGGGCUGCAAGCAUCUUUGUCAAGGACAGAGUGGUCCAUGCUCACAUAGGAGUAAAGGAGCUUCGGUCCCUGAUACUGCAGGAUGACCUACAAAGCUCCAUAGACAUGCCUGCUGUGGACAAAUCACAAUAUAUUGGGUGCAAGAUGGCUGUUGUGAUGUUUAUUUACUUCUUGGCUACAAACUACUAUUGGAUUUUGGUGGAAGGUCUCUAUCUGCAUAGUUUAAUCUUUGUGGCAUUCUUUUCGGACACCAAGUGCCUGUGGGGCUUCACCCUGAUAGGCUGGGGGUUCCCGGCGGCAUUUGUGACAGUCUGGGCUGUAGCACGAGCAACUCUGGCUGAUGCAAGAUGCUGGGAACUUAGUGCUGGAGACAUCAAGUGGAUUUACCAAGCCCCAAUAUUAGCUGCUAUCGGGCUGAAUUUUAUCCUGUUUCUGAAUACCGUUAGAGUUCUGGCUACUAAAAUCUGGGAGACCAAUGUGGUUGGGCAUGACACGAGAAAACAAUACAGGAAACUCGCCAAAUCCACACUGGUGCUGGUGAUGGUCUUUGGUGUACAUUACAUCGUGUUCGUGUGUCUGCCCCAUUCCUUUGCGGGGCUGGGGUGGGAGAUUCGGAUGCACUGUGAGCUCUUUUUCAACUCCUUUCAGGGUUUCUUUGUGUCUAUCAUCUAUUGCUAUUGCAAUGGAGAGGUUCAGUCUGAGGUGAAGAAGUUGUGGAGUCGGUGGAGUCUCUCCGUGGACUGGAAAAGGACGCCCCCGUGCGGCGGCCACAGAUACGGCUCCGUGCUCACCACGUUGACGCACAGCACCAGCAGCCAGUCGCAGAUGGCGGCCAGCACGCGCAUGGUGCUCAUCUCAGGCAAAGCCUCCAAGAAGGCCAGCCGACAGCCCGACAGCCAUGUGACUUUACCUGGCUACGUCUGGAGUAACUCGGAGCAGGACUGCCUACCACAACUUGGUCUCCAUGAAGAGUCCAAGGAAAGUGGCGGGAGGCAGGGAGAUGAGAUUCUAAUGGAGUCUUCCAGACCAUUAGAAUUUAACACAGGCCUGGAAGGAAGCAAAGGAGAAACCGAGGAUGAUCUGUGAAUCCAUAUCUAUGGCUUUGAAGAGCUGGUUCCUCUGGUUGUGUCAGAGGAACUUGGCCUGCAUUCUGCUGCUUAGCCCCAGAGCUGAGCGAUCAGGGCUCCAGUGUUCACAGCCCAUUUUCAGGCUCCAUGAAUUGGCUCCUGUAAAUACUAAAGCCACAAAAGGAGCAAGUCAGUGGAGCAUUUUAUUACUUUAUUUUGGCAUCAAAUUCUUUUCUGAAUUAAUGUGCAGUACUUGCUCUGUGAUGUUCAUUCUUCUGCUCCUUUUGGGUAGAGAAACAUUUCAGUUGCUUGGUUCUAGUUUUCUCUUGUAAAUAUCACUCUAAAUAUGAUAGAGAUCAUUUGGUAUGUGACAUUUUCCUUUAAACAAAUCAGUAUUCUUUUUUCCACUUUAAGGGACUUCUAUCAUUCCAUUCAUUUUGUCUGUGCAUAGGAACAAUUAGGGUCUAAAAAUGUACAUUGAAAGAUUAAAGAUCGCAGAACAAGUACACAUUAGAAGAUGUCUGGAUUUUGUUAAAAUAAUAAAUGUGUGAGAAACUUGUUUCAUUCUAGGAAAAAGGGAAAUUAGUCAAAAAAGAAUAUUGCACAUAUUCCUCUUUUCGAAUGUCCCCUCUGUGACCAGCCAAAUCUCAAGUCUUCACUCUUUUGUAAACCUUAACACAAGGUUUUCUUGGUCAGUGAGCUUAUGUAUGCAAACAGAUUUUAUUUGUAAUCAUUUAUAGUGAUGGUCACACUGAAUUUAUUAUUUUUUCUUUGUUCUAUUACUGUAUUCCAAAUGGCAUGUGGGAUAAAUUAAAGUUUGUUUUAAAAAUA